GACCUGCCAUUCGAGGGGGCGGGGCCGUGAGCAGAGCUGGACAGAGCUGAAGCGAAGCACUCAACCCUCUGCAGCCCUGGUACCUACCCACUCCCGCCGCCCGCCUGGCAAUCGCUCGCUCCUCUACAUCAUGCUGUGGCGGGGUAGCCAGGCGCUACGGCACUUCUCCACCAGCCGGGUUUAUUUCAAAAACAAGCUGAAGUUGGCACUUAUUGGCCAGAGCCUGUUCGGACAGGAAGUCUAUAGCCAGCUCCUGAAAGAGGGCCACCGAGUAGUGGGAGUGUUCACAGUGCCAGACAAGGAUGGAAAGGCCGAUCCACUGGCUUUGGCUGCAGAGAAAGAUGGGACUCCCGUGUUCAAGUUCCCUCGAUGGAGACUCAAGGGUAAAACCAUCAAGGAGGUAGCAGAAGCUUACCAGUCGGUGGGAGCCGAGCUCAACGUGCUCCCCUUCUGCACACAGUUCAUCCCCAUGGAUGUCAUUGACAGCCCAAAGCAUGGCUCCAUCAUCUACCACCCCUCACUCCUACCCAGGCACAGAGGAGCUUCUGCCAUCAACUGAUGAUGGUUUGGAUACAGGACCCAUCCUUCUUCAGAGAUCGUGUGACGUCAAGCCCAAUGACACAGUGGACUCGCUUUAUAACCGGUUCCUUUUUCCUGAGGGGAUCAAGGCCAUGGUAGAAGCCGUCCAACUCAUAGCUGAUGGAAAAGCGCCUCGCACUCCCCAGCCAGAAGAGGGGGCAACAUAUGAAGGCAUCCAGAAGAAGGAGAACGCUGAGGUUUCUUGGGACCAGCCUGCUGAAGGUUUGCAUAACUGGAUUCGAGGUCAUGACAAGGUCCCUGGAGCCUGGGCAGAGAUCAAUGGACAGAUGGUGACUUUCUACGGCUCAUCACUGUUGACUAGUUCUGUGCCUUCUGGAGAACCACUGGACAUUAGAGGUGCCAAGAAGCCCGGUCUUGUCACCAAAAAUGGCCUUGUCCUUUUUGGGAAUGAUGGAAAAGCACUGAUGGUGAGAAACCUGCAGUUUGAGGACGGAAAGAUGAUUCCAGCCUCCCAGUACUUUUCUGCGGGUGAGACAUCAGUGGUAGAACUUACGGCCGAGGAGCUGAAGGUGGCAGAGACCAUUAAGGUCAUCUGGGCUCGAAUUUUAAGCAACACCCCUGUGAUUGAGGACUCCACGGACUUCUUUAAAUCUGGAGCGAGCUCAAUGGAUGUUGUGAGGCUGGUGGAAGAGAUCAGACAGAGUUGCGGAGGGCUUCAGCUGCAGAAUGAAGACGUCUACAUGGCCACCAAGUUUGGAGAUUUCAUCCAAAAGGUUGUGCGGAGACUGAGAGGAGAGGACGAAGAGGCAGAGAUGGUGGUGGAUUACGUUUCCAAGGAGGUGAACGGGAUGACAGUGAAAAUCCCCUACCAGUGUUUCAUAAAUGGACAGUUUGUGGAUGCCGAGGAUGGAGAGACUUACGCCACUGUCAACCCCACAGAUGGAACUACAAUAUGCAGAGUGUCCUACGCUUCUUUAGCGGAUGUUGACAGAGCAGUAGCCGCAGCCAAGGACGCCUUUGAGAACGGCGAAUGGGGGAGGAUGAACGCCAGAGACAGAGGAAGACUCAUGUACAGACUCGCUGACCUAAUGGAAGAAAACCAAGAAGAGCUGGCCACCAUAGAAGCGCUGGAUUCCGGGGCUGUCUACACCCUGGCUCUGAAGACUCACAUUGGAAUGUCUGUGCAGACGUUCAGAUACUUCGCAGGCUGGUGUGACAAAAUUCAGGGUUCUACAAUUCCAAUCAACCAGGCCCGGCCGAAUUACAACCUGACCUUCACCAAGAAGGAGCCACUUGGUGCCUGUGCCAUUAUCAUUCCUUGGAACUACCCACUGAUGAUGCUGGCCUGGAAGAGCGCAGCGUGCCUGGCGGCAGGCAACACCCUGGUGCUCAAGCCUGCACAGGUCACACCCUUGACGGCUCUGAAGUUUGCAGAGCUGACCGUGAAAGCUGGCUUUCCCAAGGGGGUGAUUAACAUCAUUCCAGGCUCAGGGGGUGUCGCAGGACAGAGGCUCUCUCAGCACCCUGACAUCCGCAAGCUUGGCUUCACUGGAUCCACCUCAGUGGGCAAACAGAUCAUGAAAAGCUGUGCUGUGAGCAACCUGAAGAAAGUUUCCCUUGAGCUUGGUGGCAAAUCCCCACUGAUAAUAUUCAGUGAUUGUGACCUUGAAAAGGCUGUACGGAUGGGCAUGGGCGCAGUGUUUUUCAAUAAAGGAGAGAACUGCAUUGCAGCUGGGCGGCUGUUUGUGGAAGAGGCCAUCCACGACGAAUUCGUAACCAGAGUGGUGGAAGAGAUUAAAAAGAUGAAAAUUGGAGAUCCCCUGGACAGAUCUACGGACCAUGGGCCCCAGAACCACAGAGCGCACUUGGAAAAGCUGCUGCAGUACUGUGAGACUGGGGUGCAGGAGGGGGCCACACUGGUGUAUGGAGGAAGACAGGUGCAGAGGCCAGGCUUCUUCAUGGAACCCACUGUGUUCACAGGCGUGGAAGAUCACAUGUACCUUGCCAAGGAGGAAUCCUUUGGGCCUAUCAUGGUCAUUUCUAAAUUCCAAAAUGGGGACAUCGAUGGGGUGUUGCAGAGAGCAAAUAACACUGAAUAUGGCUUGGCCUCAGGGGUCUUCACAAGAGACAUCAACAAAGCCAUGUAUGUGAGUGACAAGCUAGAGGCGGGAACGGUUUUCAUUAACACCUACAACAAGACAGACGUGGCAGCCCCAUUUGGUGGAAUGAAGCAAUCUGGCUUUGGAAAAGACUUAGGUGAGGAGGCCCUGAAUGAAUACCUGAAAAUCAAAACAGUGACACUCGAGUAUUAGAGAAACCUUUGAUAGACAGCCCACUUCAAUGCUUCAGGAGCUGAAGACCCUGACGGAGAUGAGGAAGGAGGGGCCGUCUGGAAGCCACAAAGUAGAUACUAGAACCAAGAAGAGGGUUAGACCACUUGUAUGAGCAUUUACCUGACUGAGGGCCUCAAGAAAUUCCAGUACACUUUUUAUCACCAAAUGGCUUAACCUCUUUUUAACAACAUUGGGUGCUGUAUGUUUUUCUAAAGUAUCAAAGCUCCCUCCCAGGAAUGUCUAUGCUCUUCUAGGUCACCCGUCCUGAACAUGCUGACCUCACUCACAGGCGCACUUAAGAGUUCUGGGUCUCAAUCCCUAAGACGUAUAUACUGAACACUGACAACCCUUUCUUAGCUGUGCAUUCAAACACCAGUUUAUCCUGCAGAGAAUGUGACACCUGUCUUCUUCCUUUCUCCUAUGAGAAGGAAGAUUGGUCUUUGUGCCUUUGACUAUUUUGUAACCCACUGUGACAGACAGGCAGCUUCUGAGCCUUUCUUCCACAUUUACAUACUUGGGACAAAGUACUGUAAAGUUCGGAGGAGACCCUCUUAUUGGCGUCAUCUUUGAUCCUGUACUUUAAAUCCUAGUAAAGUGCCUGUGAUGGUCAGUCGUGGUCAUAUUAUACCAGCUUACUGUGUGAGUUGGGGGAAAACUACCCAACUUGUCUGAGCUCUGGCCUCCUCCCGUGUUAAACAGGAGUAGCAGUGCCUUCCGCGGAAGCCUCAUUACAAGGACUCUGUGCUUCAUAAUUCAUGUGAAUAUUCCAUUAAAUGUGAAUGUUCCUUCCCACCACUACUCUAGAAGCACGGCCCUAAAUUGAUGAGAUUCGUGAGCAGCUCCUUAGUCAAGGAAGCUAACUGAUGGAUGAAAUGAACUUCCUAUACUUCUCAAUAAUCAAGGCUCAGAUUACUCUUCCCUGCCCAUUCUUCUUACACAGUGCAUAACACAGCAGGAUGCUGCCAACUGCCGUGCAGUGAAAAACGGGCUAGGCACAGUGGUUCAUGCCUGCAACCCCAGACUCAGGCCAGGGCAGGGCAGGGUCCUUAUUGCUGACCUGAGGUCAACCAGGCUAUGCAGAAAGUGUGAUGCCAGCCUGGGUCACACUAAGAGACCUUCUAUCAAAACCAGAAAAACAAAACCAACAUUUAAAAUAUGUCAGUGGCACCAGGAAAAGGGUCACCUUGUCCUUGGAUGCUUACUUUGCUGUCUCCAGGACAUGUUGCUUCUCACGACUGUAUCUGCUGGCUCUGCUGCUCACUGGCUGUGUGUGGUCAGGGGAGUCAGUGACCUCCUGUCUCCAAAGUCUCCAUUUGUUACAUGGAAGAUGAUGGUAAGCUCUGUGACUUACUUGGUGUAGUGGUUAGAAUGCGCUCCCAGGGAGCUGCAUCGUGCCUCUUCAGGAUGGCCACUGAUCCUGUGCGGUGCUCACAAGGUUUCCCACUGUGACUCAAGUUUGAUUAUCACCACUGACAUGCAACCAGACAAAGGGGAAUUCCUGAGCACAGAACUGAUGUGCAGCAAUCCAUUAAUUUCUUGUGAUGACUAGGGAGAUAGUCCCCAAAAUAAUGAAGUGGCUGGGCUGGAAUGGGGUCUAGAGAGUGUCAGAGGCAGUACUCAUGGCAUAGGACCUAGGCACUCAUGACCCCAAGGUAUGGUGAGUUAAAUGUUAAAGUGUUUAUCCAACAACAUGGAAAUGUACUCUGCCAUAGUACAUGAGUCAAAGUAAUGUGUGGAGGGCCACAGUGAUGCUUUGCUCUUUCUUGUGUGCUCAGUCUCUCUGUGUCUCCCUCCCUCCUUCCCUCUCUCUCAACUCUCAUACCUAAUCAGAGUAUUCAUGACCUCCGAGACAUGCUGCCUUGACACGCACUACAGUCUUUCUGCACUUCUGGCUAGGAAGGCUCAUCACUCACCCCUUCCUAAACUACAAGUGGACAAGAAUGGUGGUAAGUCCACAGGUUAGAAUUUGCUAGAAACACAUUCUGUUUUCUUCAGAACCACGGAUCAGGAAUCAACUGAUACUUAAGCCCAAGAACUUUACUGACACAAAGCUGAGAGGAAAGAGUUUAUUGACGCUAUAUAUUCCAUCCCAAGUAAGGCCAUGUGCCAGGCACUGAGGGCCUCACACAGAGCAGCAGAUACACAGCAAUGUACUGCAAUACACAAGCUGGUUAUAAUCACCAGAGCUCGAUACAACUAAACACACAAAUAGAAACAUGAAAACUUUGCAUAUAAGAUAUUUAAACCCUGUUUUCUGAUUCACUUUCUAGAGUGCAGAGAAAACUACUCAAAAGACGUUUUAAAAAAAGUGUAACUGCCAUACACAAAUAUGAAGUUUACAAUUUGAUAAGGGUUUGCAUGUUGUGAGCAUCGGAAGCACUAAUUGAACUCAACAGGUUACAUACAUACAUAAGUACAUACAUGAGUACACGCAUACAUUGGCCAAUAAAGGAAAGGCUCAGUGAGAACCAGCCAGUCUCCUCUGAGGAUGACAGGUACACAAAGCCCUGGCGCACACCCACCAAUGCCCCUCCCGUAUCUGCUGGUUGCCUUGAUAUUUGGUAUUUGGCUUCUAUCUCUGUCUCUGCUUCACUGACUUGUGAGAGACCACUGUGUACUUAGGAUAUACACUGUUUCAGGUUCUAAGUGUCUACCCUGGGCUUUCUAGACUUUAAAUUGCCUUCCUUAAGUUUUGCUUUUUUGUUUCUGAUUUCAGGAUUUAUAUGGGGCGGGGGAGUGUUAUUCUCAAUUAUGUUAUUAAACAUGAAAUUCUAGUAUGAUGCCCUUAUGAUUUUUGUCACAAUUAGCCACAAUCUUUAAUAUGUAUGUAAUUUACCCUCAUAUAUGAUUUGAGGCUAAAUCUAACUUUUGUAGAAGUAGCCUGUCCUGACAUCUUGACUCAUUUUACACUGACUUGAGAUAUCAGCUUUAUAGUACGUUUUCAUUCUCCCAGACCCAUGCACAUGCAGCACUAACUGAACAGAACAGGUUACUUACAUACACACAUAUAUAAACACAUACACAACAUGUUUCAAGUUGGGUUGGAUAUAAUCAAGAUAAACUGUAUAGGUAUAUGAAAUUGUCAAUGAAUAAAAAAUAUUCUAAAAAGUUCUUUUCUCCUUUUUCUCCUCACUUCUCACAAGAAUGUCCAAAGGACCAACAAUUAUUUACUGGGUGCCCUUAUCUAUGUUGGAAGCCCUCUUGUUCAAUGAAGCAGCCCCAGCAGGACAGAAUAAUGAAAACUUUACAUACAAGCUCAAGCAUUUAGAAACCCAGACAGGACCAAGAAGAACCUUUGCUGGACACAUGGUAGUCAAAGAUGUCAAAAUACAAAGUGAAAAAAUCCUUCCUUCCUUCCUUGUUGGGACCCACAGUCUGUGCUUUUAUCUUAGUGUAUGGAAUGGUGGAUGUGUUUUUUUGCCCAGGGUGAAGAAAAAGGACCUGGUGUUGGGGUGAAGGGAGCUACAACCAAGUGACCAGAACAGGCCUUUAUAGCACCAUUUGACCUGCUAAGGUAUUUUUUCUCUACUCUUCCAACUAAAGUUCUUCAUGAAUUAUUUCUUUAUUAACUGGCUGCUACCAUCUAAUGUGUUGUGGGCAUACAGAAUAACCUUGGCAAAUCUAAUUGUCAGAAAAGCAAAGAAUGGUAGACCAUAAGUGCAUGAAGUUAAGUGACUUGACAACCAGCAAGGCUACCCUGUUAUACCUAGAAAAGUUGAAUGCCCUGCUAUACCCAGCUACUAUACCCAGCCAAAUUGAAAAGUUAGCGAAAGGAGUAGGAGAGGCCCUGGCAGCCAUCAAAUCAUUUAGGAAGGAGUAAAAAUGACUCAAAAAUAUCUUCAUACACAUGACUGAGUAGGAACAGAUUAUGUCUGAGUGGUUCAAGAACCACCUUCUGCUGGGCAGUGGUGGUGCAUGCCUUAAUCCCAGCACUCGGGAGGCAGAGGCAGGGAGAUUUCUGAGUUCUAGGCCAACCUGGUCUACAGAGUUAGGGUUAGUGAGUUCCAGGACAGCCAGGGCUACACAGAGAAACCCUGUCUCAAAAAACCAAACCAAACCAAACCAAACCAAACCAAACCAAACCAAACCAAACCAAACCAAACCAAACCAAAAAACCAAACCAAACCAAACCAAACCAAACCAAACCAAAACAAAAAACCCUUCAAAAAAGAACCAACCAAACAAAAAACCCCUUCAACCUCAGGUGUCUGUAGAGGGCACAGAUCAGAUCACAGCAUCAGCUCCCAGUGCAAAAUUGUCCCUACUGAAAUUUCCUAUUCCUGUAUGACUCUGCACAUCCUACAUUAAAAAAUAAAAAGGCAAGAACACAAAUAAGUGACUUGCUGAUACAUAUCAAUAAUUUGGAAUAACAAGAACAAACCAAACUAAAACCAUAUUGCCUUGUUGAUGUCAAGAAAUAGUAAAAAUAAGAACUGGGAAGUUAAUGACACAGAAACGAAAUUCUAUGAAGACUCAAUGAUUCUAAAAUCUGGUUAACAACAGAACCUUGAUACAACAACAAUGAGGUGACCUAAAUAUAAAGAGAUUAUGGAUGCAACACCUGUCAAUUAAAGCUGAUUGGUCUGCAGCUGAGGCAAGAAAUAAAAGGUGGACACCCACUAUGCAGUAAGGAUUCUGGGAGAGAGCCUGGUGGGAGAGUUGUCCUGCAGAAGAUGAGUAUCGUCUCAUGAAGCUAAGGACCAGGUAACCAGCCACAUGACAGAACUUAGAUUAGAAUAAAUGGGUUAUCAACUUAUAAGCUACCAGGGAACCAGCCAAGGCUAAUUGGUCAAGAAUUUAUAAAUAUAUAUUUUGAAUUUCAGAGUUAUUUUUGGAACUUAGGGUGAGGAGGAAAUCUUGGACUUUAUGCCCAAAUCAGCAAAUUCAAGUAAACAGGUAAAACUUAUACUAAACAUGAUUUCAGAAUAUUCUAAGUGAAUGCUUUAAAAAUCUACACUGUCAGGUUACAGGUUAGAAAACCUAAAAGAAAUCCAGGUGUUUGUUCAUGCAAAUUCCCAAACUCAGACGAAGAGAUCAACAACUUAAACGAGGUGGGAACAGUGAUUAAAAACUCUUAUGACUCAAGAUCCCAGGCCCAGAUGAACAUGCCUAUCUUCUUAAAAGCUGAGGCCAAAUCUAAAUGCUGUAUUUCCCAGCUACAAAACACUCUCUCUUUCUGGAAGAGUAUUUCUCCAGCCAGCCACCUUACCCAAAGCAGGAGGCCAGAUACUGUUAUCAAAUUCACAUGUUUGAAAAGAUGACUAUGACUUUAAGGACUUCUCUCAGAGUUUGAUGUGACAAAUAACUGAUUACAGUUAUGUUAUCUUUCUAUAGGGUACACGGUCCAGCUAUCUGUACACUUCAUUUUGUGAUGGUUAACAUUAUGUUUAAAGUCUUGAAAUUACUUAAUAAGAGCAAAACUUGUCCUCCACUGGUAAGCCUCUAGAGGUUGUGGAAAUGUACUGUCAGCUAAGUUACCCGAGAUGGACGCCUUCCCGGAACACUUGGGCUAUUCUUUAAAGAACCUAGAGUCUUGGAAAAUUUUACAUGCCUCUGCUGUUCUGAAAGUAUAACAUAAAAAAAAAAAAAUUCUAGGCCUUUAGGCCCAGGCUUGGGAAUGUGACCUCUGUGACUCAAUGCACCAAGGUAUGCUAAUCAUAAAACAGAUAGUGACAUUCCUCCACCCACCCCCUUCCUGGGUUCUAGGAGUGUUCAUUCAAAGAAAGUCACCCUGACUGUUGCUAGAACCUGCUAUGCAAAUGUGCUAUUGUUAGGGGCUCUUAGAAACUGUCUUGAGAGAUAACCUGCACAAUUACCAGGUAUUCCUUGUGACUCUUGUGACUUUGCACUUACUUGGGACUCUUAACUGGUAUCUUUGGUAUUUUCCAACAACGCCCUCCCCACUUCCUUGAGUUGUGGUUUCUUCCUUUAAAUACCCCCUUACCCAGCUACUGGGGUGCCACCGUCCUCUAACCCUGCGUGGUGUAUGACCGUGGGCCCGAGAGCGCUCUUGAAUAAAAAUCCUCUUGCAGUUUG